GGUAAUGCGCCACCAACAGAAGACGAGCAAGAAGCUAAUGCUGGCCGAGUCUCGCCGAGCUCGCGGAGAUUAGCUGACACGAAGCCUGCGUCGGCUCGGCCGUCGUUCUGCCUUUCGUCCUCCCUUCCUUGGCCUUCCUUCUUCAGCUCUAGUCGAAGGUCCAUUAAAGAGCAACAACACUCGUCGUCUUGGUCGUGUCGUGCGAGGGUUGAACGCGAAGGAUGCCGUCGCUGCUCUUCUGCGGCCCUAAGAUGGCCGCGUGCGGCAUCGUUAUCAGUAUCUGGGGCGUCAUCAUGUUGGCCAUGCUGGGAAUCUUCUUCAGCGCCAAGUCGGCCGUGCUCAUCGAGGACGUCCCGUUUACUGAGGAGGACAUCCGCAACGACAAACAGCCUCCUCAGAACAUCUACGGUCUGUACAGCCAAGUGGGCAUCAACUGCUUCAUCGCCGCCGCCAUUUACGUGGCGGUGGGCGCCGUGGCGCUGUGCCAGGUUCGACUCAACAAGCGCCAGGAGUACAUGGUGACCUAAGAGGUUGGAGCGGGGGCGGGGCCGGCCAGUUGUCGCUGCCCCUUGGCGGGAGGAAGGAAGCCGUGUCAUUUAUUUCUGUGUUCAUGUCGUCGCUGCUCUGUUGUGACCUCAUCAGCGUUCCUCCCUCCCUCCGCCGUAGUAGAAACCUCUGACAGGAAGUGUGGAUGUCAAAAUAGAAGUUUUGUGUGAAUAUUAAAAUGACAAAAGAGCCUUUGGCAAUACAUUUUGUUGCCAACGGUUUUAACCUUCUGGGCAUGUGCUUCAAGUAUUUAUAAUAGCAGUCGAUAGCUGUAAAUACUUGUGCAAACAUUACAAAAAUAAAAAGUUGAUUUUGGUGCUCCUCAA